GAGUGCCUAGCUUUGCAGGGGUUCACGCAUACGUUCCAGAAGCAGGCAGACAAUUCGGGGUUCGGCGAGGAGUUCGGGCAGGACGAGUUGAUGGACUUGGCGGGCAAUGCCUUCUGCGGCGCUGUCCUCUUCGCUGUCUGGCUGGUGAUCGUCGCCGCGGCCCCGUUGGCGGAAGCGGACGAGAUCGGCGUCGCGUCGCGCGAGGAGCAG